UUUUUUUUCCUUGAUAUGCACGCAUGAGUCAUUAAGACGACGUUCAGGGGAAUAAUGAUGAAAGUUGGAGUAGUCGAAUGCAGCAUGAUGUCUCUAGAUACUUGGAGUUAUUCUUGGAGAAAGGGUUUAAUUAGUCUCUGUUACGCCUGCACUGUCACAUUUCUGCAGAGUUUUGGGGUAGGGCUAUGGAGAGGUUCACCUGCUCAGACAGCUCCGUGUCGUGUCCCUUCCUUCAUCCAAUGAGAACCUCUAAAGUCACUCACACUUCCGGACAUACACGGCUGCGGAGUCCCGUUCUGUUCCCAGUGCCUGCGUUGCUCAGAAGACGUAUCGUCAUGAACCAUGUGUGUCUUUGCCGGUCGCGUUGGAUUACUAGAGUAUUAUUCUGAGGAUUGUCUACGGAUAAACGGCAGGUCGCAUCUAAAGCCCGGAGAAGUAUUUGGAUAUCGGCAGAACUUGCGCUCUCUUGAACAUAAGGAAAUAUCACGGGAGUGUUCAGUGUUUCGUGCGAGGCGUGGAUGACAAAGAGAUUUAUUUGAGGGGGGAAAGUACGCGCCUGAUCAAGAUGGAAAAGAUCUGCUUUGCUUCUUUGCUUUUGUUGGCAAGUUUAGCUCUGUGCCAGGGCAGGGUCGUUAGGGUCCCCUCCGGCCCUUUGGUCCGCGUUGAGGGCCAGGCUGUGUCGAUCCGCUGCAACGUCUCUGAAUACGAGGGCCCCAGAGAUCAGGACUUUGAGUGGAUGAUGCUGCAGGGACAGAACCAGUUCCAGCUCAUUUCCACGUUCGAUAGCUCGUACCCCGACGCCCUCUUCAAGAACCGGGUCUCCAGCGGCGACAUAAGCAUCAAGAAGAUUACCGACUCGUCGGUCGAGCUGAAGAUCAAGAAGGUUCGAGCUACGGACAGCGCCACCUAUCAGUGUAGUACUCCCAGCACUGACACGGUCUUCAGUGGGAACUACAAGGCAGACGUAGAACUCAAAGUGAUAGGGGACAGCCUGAAGGUGGCGCCGUCAAUCCCACAGCCUAUGGUGUCUGAAGGGGAGCAGUUGGAGCUUCACUGCAAUACCACCAGAGCUUUCACAGAGCACACUUCUCUAUCAGUCACGUGGUCUUUCAAGGUGGGAGGCUCUCCAAUGGCGGAGAUCCUGACCUUCGGUCCCGACGACAAGGUCACAGUGGGCGAUAGCUCUGCCCAGCGCUACGCAGAGGGGGGGCUGCGAUUGGACCUGCGCGGAGGUGGGUUCUACGGGCUGGUGCUGUCCGGGGCCCGUCCAGAGGACCAGGGGAAGUACGUGUGCACAGCCAGGGAGUGGGUGAGGCAGGGUGGAGGCUCCUUACACAAGAUCCUGGAGAAGAGUGAAGACAUGGGGAAGGUCACUGUCAAACCUACAGCCCAGUCUCUCCAGGUUACCGUGGAGAAGAACACCACCUUAAACAUGGAGGACACACUCAACCUCACCUGUUCCGUUGGCACGGGCAACCUGGCCUCCCUGGCUCUGGCGGUGGAGUGGCUCGUGUCCGACGGGUCGGCCAGCCCGCAGGUCCUGAUCCGCAUGGACCGCGACGGCACCGUCACCGGAGGCUCUGCCCAGCUGGCUCUGUCACGGGUCUCGCCGGGAGACUUCCACCUCGUCGCUCAGAAGGUGGAGCAGUCCGACUCGGGCUGGUACUCCUGCCGCGUGCGGGCCUGGCUGCCCCAGAGCAGCACCAAAUGGUACCAGGCCGCCGAGAAGACGUCUGACCCAGUCCGGGUUCUAGUGACCCAGCUCAAGCCAGAGUUUAAAGUCACCCUCAGCGCUGCUGUGACCCCUCAGUUCACCCACGACCCCACGGAACUCCACUGCGAGGUCACCGACGUCCUCCACCUGCGCGACGGACACCUGGGGGUCACCUGGCACUACUCCGAGGCUGUGCCCGGCGACGCCUCCUCCGCCACGGAAACCGUCGCCACGCUGAACGAGCUCGGCGCUCUCGUCCCCGGCCCCACCUACGCGAAGCGUCUGGAGUCGGGGGACGUCACCCUGAGCCGGGGGGAGCCCACCGUCUUCAGGCUGAGGCUGCUCCGCACGCGCACGCAGGACAUGGGGGCGUACUCCUGCAGCGUCUCCGCCUGGGCCCCCUCCAGACAGGGCGGCUGGGAGCAGGCCAGGGAGGUCCCCUCCACGGAGCUCAAAGUCCAGUGGAGCCCCAAGACCCCGGUUCUAAGCGUGGUGGCCCACCGGAUCCGGGAGGCCUCCAGCGCUGGUUCCACAUUCGAGAUGAGCUGUCAUGUGACGGGCCAGAACCUGCAGAACCCCGGCUACUCGGUUCUGGUACGGACGGAGGAGAGGUCCGGCGUGGCAUCCCGCAAGGUUCUGUCUCUGAAUGCCGACUCGGUUCUGCAACUGGAGGAAUGGACGGAACCAGGACGGGUGGACAGCGUGGCCCUGGAGAAGACGGGUCGGCUGGAGUACCGGUUCCGUCUGUACGGGGCCCAGCUGAGCGACCGCGGGUUCUACUACUGCGAGGUCACCGCCUGGACACGGGAGCAAGGAGGUUCUGGUUCUGCUUCAGGUGCCCCUGGAGGGGACUGGAACAGGGUGGUCAGCGCCGAGUCCAGUAAGAUCCGGAUCACCUUUGAGGACACAGGUCCGGUGUUUAAUGUGUCUAUUCACUCAGACAAGCACAGAGUGUCUCCAGGAGAGACGUCCAAACUCCAGUGCAUCAUUUCUGUCCAAGGGGCUUCUCCUAACAGAGGUGACGUGUCGUUUGAGGUGCAGUGGUUCCAGUCUCCCGUCCACGCUCUGGAGAACGGCGGGGCGGAGCCUCUGCUCAGCAUGGACCGCUGGGGCGUGGUCAGGAAGAGCGCGUCGGCGACGGGGGCCAAUCAGAGCACGGACUGCAGCCUGGAGCGGAGCGACGCGCACACCUUCACGCUGAGCGUGCACGGCGCACGGGACGUCGACGCCGGCGAGUACCACUGCGUGGCCACGCCCUGGCUGCUGGCACCCGCCUCCGGCUCCUGGAGCCAAGGACGCCAGCUCACCUCGCCGCCCAUCUACCUCUCCAUCAGGCUGGCAUUGUGGGAGUCCAUGCGUCUGCCUCUGCUGUACGGCGUGGGCUCGUCUCUGGCCGUGGGUCUGCUCUCCAUCCUGCUGGGCCUGAUCUGCGCCCACUGCUGCUGCCGCAACUCCCAGUACACGCCGCGCUCCAGCAACAAGCUCAUGGACAUGGAGAUGGAUUGACUAACCGCCCCGCCCUUCCCCCCGCUGCGCCGCGCCCUCCCCGGGGGACGCUCCGUGGCGGCCACGGGCGGCUUCCCCCCCUUCUCCCCGCUCUCCACAGACUCCUUCCCUUCAAUGUGACCCCCAAGGCUCCCUCUCGAGGCGUCUGUGACACGCGCGCACACACACACACACACACACGCACACACACGUAUGAUGUCCUGGGGGGCCGACCUGGCAUGCCGUAAAAGGCCAGGUUAUGUGUUUCGGGAAGAAGCUUGUUGCGUAAGACUGUUUCUCAAAGACAGAGGGGGAGAGGAGAACGCAAAGUGUGUGUGUGUGUCAGUGUGUGUGUUUUAAGAGACAGUAUAUUUUGUGUGUGUGUGUGUGUGUUAUGUGUUCUUGGAAGAAGCUUAUCGCUUAAGACUUCACUUCAAAGGCAAAAGUAUUUGUGUGUGUGUGUGCUGGUCGGACCACUCUGCUAAGACUGUUAAACCACUGCUGAGUCCGAUGAUGCACUUUUCUCAGGAAAACCUCACCAGCAGUGGCACAGCGAGUGUGCACACACACACACACACACACACACACACCAACCACCCCUGUGACCGUGGUGUUUUAAGAGUACAGUGGAAGAGUACAUUUCGGAGGGGAAAGGGGGGGGGCUGAGUAAGCUGGCAGACUGUGUGUAGGGGGGUGUUUAUAAAAUGGAAUGGAGUUUCUUAAAUGACUGUGUGAUUUACAGCUGUAGCCCAGUGGAGGGGGGAGGGGGGGGGGGGGGGGGGCUGCAGUAUCUGUAACUGAAGCUGGCUGCCUUGCAUCAUGUUGGUGGGGGGGGGGGAGCUGCAGACACUUCACCCUAUCCUGGAGACCCUCUCUUACCCCAGGAGACAUCUCGGCUGGAAACUAUUGGUGUUGUGUUCCCGUGAUCAUAACCAUCCCCACCCGAAAGCACCACUGCAACCCGCCUCAAAACCUUGCACCCCGCGCCACCCCACCCCACCCCACCCCACCCCAGUUUUCCACAUAUUUUACCCCAAACUGCCGUACCCCCGGCCCAGGCCUGUCAGGCGGGUGACCCCCAGGGGGGCCUGCCAGACAGAGACAUCUCUCACUCCCAGGGGACGGGGCCCUUCCUCCCAACCUCCACGGCUCUGCGGUGCCGGGGAUUACACAAUGACCCCAGAGAUGGACUCCAGAGCAGCAGAGACGGAUGGCCAUAGAGUGACCUCUGACCUUGUCAGAAUUGGAGACUAGCCUUGUGUGUGUGUGUGUGUGUGUGUGUGUGUGUGUGUCUGUGUGUGUGCGCGUGUGUGUAUGUAUGCAUGUAUUUGUGUGUGUGUGUGUGGUGUCCAUGGAUUUUCAAAAAAGAAGAGAGCAGAGCAAUGGCAUACUGUGUGUGUGUGUGUGUGUGUGUGUGUGUGUGUGUGUGUGUGUGUGUGUGUGUGUGUGUGUGUGUGUGUGUGUGUGUGUGUGUGUGUGUGUUUACCCCUCCACUGCCCCACACCUGAUGUUUAGGCGUGCAUCUCAAGCACCCUGACAGUCGGUAUCCUUUGCAUUGCCUUGGCGACCCUGCAAUGUACCCUUCACCAUGAACACACAAGCACACAUACACACACAGAUGCUCGCUGUAAACACACUCUCUGUCUGUGCCAUGAGGUCAUCCAUACAGAAUGUUUUGUGAGUGGAGCCAGCUGUUGGACUUUAAGCCCUAACAUCGGGGGGGGGGGGGGCAUCUGUGAUGUGGAGCCAUCCAAGUGUGCCGCCCUGGUGGCAGAAACAAGCACAGCACCUGGGGGAAGACCCCCCCUACCCCCCACCCCAGUCCGACAGAGGCCCAGGGGGGGUUAGGUGUUGAGACUCACCGGACAUGUUUUUAAUCUCUUUAAUGUUUCACUGUUUUACUUGCUGUUUUUAAUGGACGUGUGUGUGUGUGUGGAGGAGGGAGGGUGUUUUGUAAAUGUGAGUUGAUUUUUGGAUGUUCUGCUUGGUUGUUCAUGAGUUCCUCUGUUCACGCUUGCCCCCGCGCUCCAUCUCUCAGAUCAAUAAGGAUUUCUUUUUUGUAAAUGCCAGAGUCACGAUCCCACUCUCCCAACAGAAAGGAAGAAGAAAAACAGAUCCAAGAAGCCUUCCAAAAAUUGAUACCAUAAUAAAAGUUUUAUAUGCAA